AUUUCUUGAGCAGAGGGAUUGCACAGCCAGAUACGGAUAAAACAAGGGAUUUGAAUAAUGUAACAAUAGUAAGAAGGAACAACAUCAACAACCAUGGCAACCCCAUUUAAGUUGUAAACCCACAAGUUAAUUGCAGCUUUCUUAAUUUCAUGGCAAAAAGGACGUCAAGGACAUUAGCCCUUAGGAAUCAUGUGGUGCAGGCAGAAUCAACAAUCUUCAGCUAAAGCAGGAGCAAGUAGACAUGGAGGACUUAGAGAUAGAGCACGCAGAGAUGGCGUACUGGAGAACGGAAGAGGUUCUUCUUAAAGACGAGGGAGAGAGUGCAAGGAAAAUUGAAGUACUGAAACUUCCUUACGAUCUAGCCAUGUUGAAUGACUGGGAAGGCAUGAAGAGAUACUACGUGGACAAUCCGCAAAAACUGAAUUCUCCAAUGACAGUGGACGAAGACACUGCAUUGCACAUUGUAGCGUCCUGCUGCAGGAGAAAAUCACAGGGCAAACAAGUCCUUGAAUUCUUGAUUAAUUUACUGCCACCAAGCUAUGAUGAAAGAUGCAAGGCCGUGAGGGUUCCAAAUAAACUCGGCAACAACGUUCUUCACGAGGUGGCGAUGUCCGGAAAUCUGGAGGCAGCAACUUUCUUAGUGAUCAACUUCAACAAACCUGCAGGAAAAACUAGUAACGAGGAGAAUUCUACACUGCCUCUGCUAGAUAUUCGGAACGAAUUAGGAGAAUCACCAUUGUACAGGGCUGCUGCUCUUGGUCACCCUGACCUGGUCCAGUUUUUUGCUGACGAACUGGAGGAGAAUCCGGAGAAUCUUCGGAGGCACUUCCACCGGAAUGAUAGAAUGUCCAUUCUUCAUAUUGCAGUCAUUGGCCAACAAUUUAGGACUGCUCUUUGGUUGCAGAGCAAGUACCCAUUUCUUGCAACUAAGAGGGAAGGUAAAGGAUUGACAAGCCUUCAAUUGCUAGCCCAAAUGCCAACUGCCUUCACACCACAAUUUCUACAAAGCAGAUGGAAGAUGCUCAUAUAUUAUUGCCUUCCUGCUCGAGACCUGGAGGUCACAACAAAUCACAAGGAUGAUGUGGAGAGCAGCUUGGGCAGCAACCAACACCCCCAAUCCAUCUCUUGGAAGAAGCCUGAAGGUAUUCUGAAGAUGUACACUUCCCUGUGGGACUUCCUCGCUAAAGAAAUGGACAUAAUCGAAAAGAUCUGGAAGGAUAAGAGAAUUAAACAUGCUCUUAAAAACCUCAUCCCUUUGCUCGUCGAGAAAGACAAUUCAUGGCAGAAUUCUAAAGAAGCAAAGGGCAAGACGAUAUCUCUGGGGUCAGUGGAAAAUCUUUGUAAGGGUGAUAAUGAUGGAGGAGAUCAACAAGGAAAGGAUUCCGCAGAACCAACCAAUUCUAAGAAGCAGAGCAUGUAUAAGUAUAACCCAUUGCUUAUAGCAACUAUCACUGGAAUUGUGCCUAUUGUUGCAGAGAUACUUAGGCAGCAUCCUCAAGCAGCUGAGCACGUUAGCCAUAGUGAACAGAACAUUUUGCAUCUGGCCAUUAAGCACCGUCAAAGAGAGAUCCUUGAGCUUCUAAAAAGGAAGCCAACAACCAUCUCCAGGUUGAAUGAGAUGAUUGACAGUGACGGCAAUACCAUAUUGCACCAAGCUGCAGAUAGGAGCUACUACUCUGUAGCAAUUUCUCAGAAUUUAAUUGGUCCAGCCAUGCAAUUGCAAACAGAGUUGCGUUGGAUGAUGGGUGUGAAAAACAUAGUACCACCUCAUUACAUCAUGCACCACAACAACAAGGAUCAGACAGCGGAGGAGCUGUUCAAUGAUGAGCAUAAUGAGCUUCUGAAGUCAGCACAAGAAUGGAUAAAAGACACAGCUGAGUCGUGCUCAACUGUGGCAGUGUUGGUGUGCACUGUGGUCUUUGCAGCCGCCUACACCAUGCCUGGGGGUAACGAACCAAAUGGCCUUCCAGUUUUCCAUGAUUCUCCUCUCUUCUGGCUCUUCACCUGCAUGGAUGUCGUGGCCAUCGCCUGCUCAUUGUCAUCGGUAGCCUUUUUCCUCUCUAUCCUGUCCUCUCCCCUUGAGUAUCCUUUUUUCUGUCACGUUCUUCCCCGCAAGCUCAUGAUCGGGUUCACCUUGCUCUUCUUGUCAAUGGCAACCACCAUGCUGGCCUUUGCUGCUACCAUUUUGCUUGUGAUUCGUAUAGAGAAGAAAUGGACUAAGUCAAUGCUUUACUCUAUUGCCUUUUUUCCUGUCCCUCUAUUUGGCUUGCUGCAAUUUCCUAUGUACCAGUCUUUCAAAGAAAUAUAUCAUAAAAUUACCAAGAUUUUCCGCCCCUUCUUCGUUCCCUUUCUCGGCUUUUGCAAGAGGAGAUCAAUAUGUGGGACAAAUAAAUAUACACCCCAUUUGAAGUUCGAAGCCCCAAGCGCGUCCAGAAACCAAAUCAAGGGAGACAACCCCCGUUUAAGUUUUUCCGUCUCAAACAGCAAAGCUGAGUCAUGGUUGCUAACCACAUACCUUGAUCCCGAGCUUCAGAUUUCAAGGGAGACAAUGGCAGUGUGUUCGUGCUCAUCAAGGAAGGUAGCUCCCUCUUGACUCCCUGAUCAAACUCACACACACAGUAAGUUUUUAAUGUGUGUUAUGUUACUUGUUCAAGGAUAGGGGGAUGCAAUUUUCUAUAAUGAAUUAUGUGAAUACUUCAAUCACUGGAUUGUACGUAUAGUAUACAUUCUUUGGCGACAGAAAAUUUCUUAACUUAAAUCAUGUGACGCACGCAGAAUCAACAAUCUUAAGCUAAUUAACUAAGCAAAGGCAGAUACUUGUACGGAUCAAGCAUAGUGAUAGUAACCUUUCUUUUUUUUCUCAUUUUUUUUAAACUUUCGGAAAGAGCAUAUACAAAUAGUAGCUUUAGAUAUUCGUUUUAUGCUUUAUAUUUUCCAACUUUGCUAAUU